UAACCGCGGUUGAUUACCCUGCCGUCCAUCCUCAUAUGCAGACCAUAAUUGGCGGUUAGCUCGGAGACUUAUCGGUCUCUUCUUCAUUGUUUCUUUCAUAAAUGGCAACGAGUCGUAACCAUUUCCGUGCUAUUGAUGCCGGCAGUCAUUUGUGGUGAAGGGUACAAACUUGAAGGGAGGGACUGUAAAUAGUUGCUCACAUGGCCGGGGCAGAGGAGGAAGAAAGAUGUGUGAGGCAGUGGAACAAAUCUUCUACUACUAGCUUGCAGUGAAGUGAGCGUCAGAGAGUGACGAGUGAUCCAUCACAAUUACAUCGUGGCAAGAAUACUUUCAGGUUUCCUCAGAGCCUCUGCUGCUUCAUUCUGCCUCCUCUGCAUCAGCAGCAGCUGCCAGUGCAAAUGCUUGAUGGCGGCGGCGGCGGGGCUGCAGGGUUGUAGGCUGUAGGGCGUCUUGUCGGCGGAUGGGCAAGGCGGGCAGGUGGCUGAGGAACUUCUUCCUGCCGGGGAGGAAGGGGAGGUGGAAGGCCAACGACCGGGCGGACACAGACUGCCAGUCGGUGCUGUCGGCGCCGUUGCCGGCGCCGGCGGCGACGUCGUCCGUGAGGGAGAAGAGGCGGUGGAGCUUCCGGCGGCCGGGGUCGGCGGCGGGCAAGGCCGACGCGGGCGCGUCCGGCGGCCAGGGGCCACAGGGCCCGCUCGCGUCCUCGUCGUCGCACUGCUUCUCCGAGGCCGCGGUGCACGUCGUGGUGGUGCAGGACGACCAGCGCGCCGCCGCCGAGGUCGUGAACGCCGCCGCACCGGUUGCCUCCCUCCCGCCGCUGGCCCCGGCGAGGGGCUGCGAAGACGAGGAGGCCGCGGCGGCGAUCAAGAUCCAGUCGGCGUACCGAUCGUACCUGGCGAGGAAGGCGCUGUGCGCGCUCCGGGGGAUGGUGAAGCUGCAGGCCAUGGUGCGGGGCCAGCUGGUGCGGCGCCAGGCGAAGGUGACGCUCCGGCGGAUGCAGGCGCUCGUUGACGCCCAGCGGCGCGCGCGCGCCGAUCGGCUGCGCCUCCUCGAGGAGGAGGACGCCAGGCAGCAACUCGCCAACACCAACGCCAACGCCACGCCGCGGCAGCCGCCCAGCCGGCGCUCGCCGCUGCACCCGCUGUCCCGCAAGCCAUUGGAGGCAUUGGAGAACGUCAAGAUCGUGGAGGUGGACGAUGCCGGCGUGGCGCAGGGCGGGCGGCGCAGCAGCUUCUGCUCGACGACGCCGGGCCGCACGCCGGCGAAGGCCGCCGAGCUGUACCAGAAGGUGUCGCCGACGCCGUCAGCGCUGACGGACGCGAGCGCGCGGACGCUCAGCGGCCGGUUCGACGACGCGUCCUUGAGCUCCGCGUGGGAGUCGGCCCGGCGCGGCAACGCGGCGUGGCGCGCCGACCACCGCGCGCCGGCGGCGUUCGCGGCCGCGGCCUCCCCGAGCUACAUGGCGAACACCAAGUCGUCGCGCGCCAAGGCGCGGCGGUCGCAGAGCGCGCCGAGGCAGCGCCCCUCGUCGUCAGCGUCCGGGUCCGCGGCGGCGGCCUCGCCGUCCCCGUCGUGGUGCGAGCCGCGGCCGCCGAGCCCCGGCGGGAGCGGCGGCGCGCGGCACAGGGCGUCGCUGGACCUGCCCGGCGCGCCCCGGAGCUCAGCGGGGCGCAUGGAGCGGUGCGCGUCGCGGGCCCGCGCGAGCGUGGGCGACGGCGCGUCGCUCCCCAGCAGCGAGUGCGGGUCGUCGGGCACCGUGGGUCAUCGUGGCAGCGCGCAGGGGGCAUGGCAUGGAUGACCAUCUGACUCUGACCAGUCCUGGCGAGUGAGGAGAUUGUCUUUUACAGUAGAAACUCACAAAUCUGAGGAAUGGAACCUUCGAUCAUGGUGUGUUUGCGUGCCGGCUUUUGUCAGUGUGCAGCUGUGCGUGUUGUGUAGGAGAUGAUUUUUUUUAUUUUCUUGGGGUGAUUAUUUGGUAUUGGAGUGAGUGUGAUAACGUUUUUUCAGUUCAGGUGCUUACAAGUGUAGACUGAAAGUCUGAAACAAUCAAUUGUUUAGCAAUGGACGCAAUUGGGCGUGCAUGUUUUUGGGGUUAACUUCAUUUGAAAACAAUGGAAAUUUGAUCGGAUUUUAAUCAUAA